AAAAAGUAGGAUGUUGAUGUUCUGGUUGUUGCAAUAUGAAACUCGCUUGUCACUUAUGUUUUAAAAGAAGCGCGUGAAGACCUUUUCUAUGGAUUUCUGGGCUUCGCGCGGCAGGAAGGGAGACUCAGCCCACCCAGUCUGUCAGCCAGCCGUGUUGUACCGCCGCCGCCGCUGCUGCUAGUUGUUGUUCAGUAGCUGGUGCGCAAACUGAAAGCUGCGUGUUAAUGCUAAGUGGCGGAUAUGAAGCGACGUGUGCCGACCUUCUCCGAAACGGGAACUCUUUAAAGGUUUUUGUCGGAAGAGUGGACGGGAUAACGUGUGAGAGGGGGGGGGGGGAAACACCAGCUCGGCUCGUCUCGGAGGGGAAGAGAGAGAGAGGAGGAAAAAAAAAAAAGGAGUGUUGCCUUCUCUUCUCUUUUCUCUUACGGGAACUCAGUUGCUGGCUCUUUUCAGCUGAGGCUGUCUCUCGAGUGGAGCUGCGAAACAUCGGUGAUAUCUGAGCUAAUUCCCUUUACCGGAGCUGCGUGGGCAAAUCAGUCGGAUGAGGGUUACCUUUCGGCAUAAAUAAGGUGUUUAUUUAUUUUUUUCCCUGACGCCUGCGAAAACAAGGAGAGGUAGUGGAGCCACAUAAACCUACGUUCGGGCGCUUUGGAGAAACAUGUGAUGACCCACGCAAGGCAGACCUCUUCCCUCCGGCAGAACCACACUAAUUCUGACUGCUGGGACACCAGCCACACCUGGCCUCAUGGUGGCACUAUGGGCGGCGACUGGCCUGAGCGUACCUUACGUUUCGGCAGGACAAAGAAGAUAAGUGGGGUCACAAGACAAAGGAAAGACCAAGAGCCCAAGAGGAUGAACGAGAAGAGAGAAGGAAGAAGAAAGUCGGACAAGAGCAGACAGCUUGACCAAAGGCGAGACAAGAAACGGGUCCGAAAGUUGUACCCGCUGCGUGGUAGGGGUGGGAAUCCAGAGGAGGAGCUCAGCUGCCAUGUUCUCCUUACCCGAUUGGAAGAAGGCUCACAUGAAAAGGGCAGGUCUAAAGGCAAAGGAGGUAAAGACGGGCCCAAAACCAAACCCCAAACGGGCAAAACCAGAGACAGGAUGAAGGCAAAGUCACUACCAAAAGCCAAACUAAAAUCAAAACACAAAGGUCUGGUUGACUAUCCUGAGCUGAGAGAUCUACAGCCACGCAAGCGCAGAUUGGCGUCUCUCAAUGCGGAGGCAGUGAAUAGUUUACUGCUUGAAAGACCCACCGACGCCCAACCAGCAGCCAAGCAGGCCAGGAGGCAGGAGGAUCCUCUCGACGGAGCGACUUCUCUGGAUCCAGCCAGAAGUUCUUUGCCUGGAAGUCUGAAAGCUUCACGAGGGAACAUUAGUAAAGUCUCUCCACCCAGCAAGGUUGUACUGUGCCAAAGUCCUAAGCCGAGCAAGAAGGCUAAAACCAGCCGAGGCGAUGAAAGAGUUUGGAUGAGUCAGGAGUGUUUAGAUGCACCUGCACCAAGACGACUAGCUGGACUCAAUGCUGCAGCCCUGCUGAAGUUAACAAGCUCUUCAGCCACCAGUAAGCAGAGAGUAAAGGCAGCGCCCACCGCAACCAUUACGUCCAACUCUACGGCUCCUGCCACAACCUCUACCCCAAAGCAGCACCACAGCGUCCAACUCCAAAACAAGCACCACUUACACAAGAAAAGCAAGAAGCCCCCUCCGCCGCCCAGCGGUUGCUCUGCCUGCAAGAAGAAAGCGGAUUUUGAACCGAAGGUGGAAUGGGAGACGGGCAGCUGCACCCACCGCCUGACCAAACCAGGGUAUCAGUCUCGUAGCAUGCUAGGUUUCCCGCUGAAGCAGGUGAAGGAGGAGCAACUGGAAACCGAACUGAGCCCAUACUACUGCUGUCCCCCAGAGGGUUCUGUGGAGUACUGCCACCGCUUGGCCUGCUUCCUCGGCCAGCAGCCGUACGGAGACUCCAAUGACCAGUCUCUGAACUCAGCCAUGACCCCCGUGAAGCCAGAGUGCCUAGUAACCUCUCCGUCUCUCACACAUUCCCACCCACACCGAGCACUCGCCCUUACCCCCCACCCAUGCCUCUGCACCGCUGACCACUGCUUCCCCGGCUACUACGUCCACAUCACCCACCCAACGCACACUGGACAGACUUCAGCAGCCCUGGCCACGCGGCCUCUCAACUUCAGCUCCACCGGCUUGUGCCCCAGUCGCAUUACCGGAUCCAAGCUGCUGGGGGGUCAGGUGUCGCACCCGUCUGGUUUAGGCCACCCCGCCUACUGCAACUCUGUGGCUUCCCCCUGUUAUGGAGACGCCUGCGGGAUCAGUGGCUACAGCUACAGAGCGCUGCCUCCAGUGACCGGCAGGGGUUGUUCUUUUAGUGCAGGAUGUACCGGAUGUACGCACAGCAUCAAGACAGAGGCUUACACAACCCCACAAGGCGACCACAGCCCUUCCCUUCUGGUUUCCCCCACCAUGCCAAUCACCCAGUGUCCGCUGUCCAGUGUGCCCACUUCCACACAGACUAAAAGCCGCCUGCUGACCCCUCUGUCUGGCCGAGAUCAGCCCCAGGCCAUGUUAAAGCUAGCUAAGGAAUGCCCUCAGAGCACAAAGGCCUCCAACGGCUCCUCCGUGGGCCACACCCGGCUCCUGACGAAACAGGCGACCCCGGUGACAAGCCUCGGCAGCGGCAAGCAGAAGAAGAUCAGCCGCAGACGUGCAACGAAUGGCUGGCGGCCUGUUGGCAUCCCAACAGAGAGGGAGGUCUUCGUUGCGGGAGAAGAUGAGGCCGUAAUGCGGAGGUGUUACGAGGGAGUCGAGAGGGACGGCGAAGUGAUCCGUAUCAGAGACACCGUACUGCUGCGAUCCGGUCCCAGGAAGAAGUCCCUGCCGUAUGUUGCCAAGAUAUCGGCAUUGUGGGAGGACCCCAAAACGGGAGAGCUGAUGAUGAGCCUUUUCUGGUACUACAGACCUGAGCACACCCAGGGAGGCCGAGAUCCCAGAGCACACUGUGAGAAUGAGAUUUUCGCCUCUCGGCAUCAGGAUGAAAAUAGUGUGGCCUGCAUAGAAGACAGAUGCUAUGUUCUCCCUCUAGCCCAGUACUGUCGAUUUUGUGCCUUGGUGAAGCGGCAUGCCGAAGGCGCCCCACCUGGCAGGGCCAGCAUGGUGCCCUUCCGGCCUGACUUCGCCCCUCCCUCCCACCGCUGCGUGCCCACGGACGUCGACCCCGAGCUGGUGUACCUCUGCCGGCACGUCUACGACUUCCGAUACGGACGCAUCUUGAAGAACCUGCAGUAGAGCGGGAGCCUCUCCCCCGUCUCUUCUCCCCUGUCGUCGCACCUUUGAAUCAGUCGUCGCAAUCGUCCGCCUUCGCAGAGGAGGGGCAGCUGAAAGACUGAAGACCUCCACCUAAACCCCCGUUCGCGAUCAGUGUGAAAAGCGGGGUGACUGCAUGUACACAUUAUGAAGCACAGAUCCCUUUAGUUACAUACCAAGAAGUUAGAAUGUCAUAGGGAAUCUCAGCUCUGUCAGAGAGCUAAACUCCAUCCAUCCGCUCAGAUUUUUCCCCACCUCGCCUUCCCUGCCAGAAAAACCGUGUCCCCUCCCUACCCCCUCUGAAGCACGUUAGCGCAACAAUCAUGUUUGUUCCGUUUGAGAGCCGCCGGCACAGCGAAGGUCCGGCACGCCGCUCCGGCGCUUCCAGGGAAACGCGAGUCCGGUCCUGUCAGCUCCACGUUAACACCGCUCGACAAGCAUGGGUGAAAGAGCAGCUAAUGGAGAGUGUCAUCCUUUUUCCACUGAUUUGACUCUACACAUUGUGUGUGUGUGUGUGUUUGUGUGUUGAGUGUUUUCACUGAGGUUAAAUAUAGUGACAUUUAGGAGGCUUUUAGGUAAUCAAACCAAGUAAGAAAGCAGCUUUAGAGGAAGUGGAGCGUUUUUUUUUUGUUGUUUUUUUCCUGGCACUGAAUUAAACAGUUUCACAUCAAGCAACUGAUUGGGCUUGAGGGCAAAGAUCACCGUGUAUUUCUGAUAACAUAUGAUUAUUACUUAUAGGGUGAGAAAAGAAAUCCCAGUCAGUCGAGUUUGUUAAUCGACCGUCUGAAGAGGAAGGGUGUUGUCCUUAUUUGAGGUAAAUGGCGAGACCACGCUGAUGUCAGGUUGCACAUGAAGACCGAUGUUUUGACUUUAUGCACUUAAUAUAAGAGACCAGAAAGCAGAAACAGUACCUCUCAAAAGUAUUCAUUCCCCUUAAGCAAUCACUUAAAAUCAGCGUGUCCCACUUAAAAUCCACGGUGUUACAACCGUGGAUUUUAAUGUUUAUGCAGGUUUUAAUGCGUUAGACCAACACAAAGUUGCACGUAGUAGAAAAGCUGUCAUGUAAAUUGUGUUUUUUUUACGAACUAAAAUCAGAUUAAAUAUUUUGGCAUGUAUUGUUUUUGCUUAUUAUGAUGCUUCCACUACUGUGUUCAACAGUGAAUAUAAUGCAAUUUUUAACACAAAGUGUUUUUGAAAUAUUCUAAAAAGCUUCAUUUUAAAUUAAUCUAACCAGAGCACUUACUCCUUAAUGUUUGCUAAUGUUUUUUUUUUUUUUUUUGUCACUUUUCCUUCCUUCCUUCGUUUGUGGAUUGGGUAACUUUCAGUUCAACCAGAUGUGUUCUGAAAGCAGUUUGUUGCAGGGCGGUGAAUACAAACUGUCACCUUUUGAGAUUUCUAUUGUGAGAUAAAUUUGACUUAUUUGGCUCUACUGCGUGUUGGUCUUCCACUUAAAAUCAGCGUUAAGCACAUCUAAGUUUGUGGUUGUGACGAGACGUAAAAUUUGCAAACACUUUUGCAGCGUGCUGUAUUUCAGUUCCUUUCAAGUCUCCGUGUUUAGGACAGUUUUCAUGUCGCCAACUCUCGCCUGAUUCUUAACCCCCGCAGCCCGUCCAGUUCGAACCAGAGGAUGAGCGCCCCGAACCUCCGUCUCGUCGUCAGCACUUGUCCCCACGUUUUGUUGCACUAAAACCAAUCCCUCAUGAAAACACACGAUCACCUCUUUGUUUCGUAUCGGAGCUGCUGAGGCGUUGGCGGGAUGUGAGCGACGGGGCUUAGUGUAGCGCAUUUGUUGCCGUUUUUAUUGCGAAGUAGACAUUAUUGUGCAAACUAUUCGUUUUGAUGAGCAGAGACGAGUCGGCAGACAUGUUUGCCAUAUUGUAACUUGACGCUCUUCGUACUGGAUGAAAUCGGUAUGGAUCUAGAGUCAUUCCUUUUUCUUUUUCCCCUCACAUAUAGUCCUAUAAAUACUCGGUAUAUAUUUAUGUAUGUAUCCACACUGUUAAUGUGGCUAGAUGUGCAGGAGGCUUCGGGAUUCAGGCCUGAAUUGCUGUGCAGGCAAUCGUAGCACUGUGAUAGGACUGAAGGUGUGGGGUGUCCCAGGCUUUCAGAUGAAGCUUUUGCCGAUUACAAACCACGCGCCCUCUCAUUGCCUCCAAACCUGCAACUUUAUUCCCCGUCUGCGUGCGUUCGAGUUCCAGCUGUAAAAGAUCCCCACUCUCUGAAGCCAUCUUUAUCUCCUCUCUCCCUCUUCUAUUUGAAGCGCAUCAAUCCUGACUCAAAACUAAAUCAAACCCUACAUCCCAAUCUCUACCCCGCUGGAAUCUUCAAAAAGGAAAUAGAUAUGUCUAUAUAUUCUCCUUACUUUACAAUUUCUCCUCCUCCUAAAGAAUAUUUUAUUAUGUCGAUUUGCUAAGAUGGCACAUGCAAUAUAUUUUUUAGAAUUACUAUUUUUGAAGAAUGAACUUAAGAAAUCUUGACAAAGUAUAUGCUUUGCUUUUCUUUUCUUUUUUUUCAGUAGAUAUCAGGUCGGUCUAGAGUCGAUGUUUGACCAAACGAAAGAGAAAUAUAAGGAGAACAUAUCUGAACCCCAGCCAGCACCGGGCAAUCUUUAAACAAGCAGACAGCCAAUGCACAGUGUAGAAAUUAUUAUUUUCCCUUCCAAGAUCUGUAAUAAUUAUAUUUAAAGUAUAUUUAAAUGGAGAAAACAAUUGAAUAUAUUAAGAUGUCAGUUUUAAGUUAUUUGGGACUUAUUAUGUAGAUCCUGCGUAUUUGUGCUGCAGGGUAGAAAGCAGUUUUUUUGUUUAUUUGUAAUCUUAAUAGCAGAAAUGUAACCAUAGGUUAGCUUCAUUGAGACCUGAGCAAUUUUCUCCGAAAGCACCUUCGCUCUGGAGGACCUCCAUUUGGUUCCCGAAACCAGACCGACCUUAACGGGACAGGUUGGGAGUUUUUCCUAACUGAGGUUCUGUAAAUGUUAGAAGCGGUUCAUAUCUUGCGAUCUUCAACAAAUCCGCUCUGCGUUGAUCCUGAACUAGCGUGUAGUUUGGGAGAAGGGUCACCUGAGCUUUCACUGACAAGCUGUAGUCAAAACGAGACAAACAGGGGACAGGAAGUUCCUCUGAGGUCCUAAGCUGAAACCAGAAACCCUGGUCACUUGCGAAAGAUGGAAAGUAUUAUUGGAUGUAGGCUGACAGUAUUUCAAAACGGUUGCCCUUGUCUGUCUUGUUCAGGUCAAUUGGUGGAUAGAGGAAACAUUAUCCUAACGUUAGCAUAAAUUGUAUCAUUAUCAUGUUGGCUUUCGCUAGCUGGAUGGCUAGCAUUAACUCCACUUAGCAAGUCAGCUUUAGCUUUUAAGUGAGAAUUAGCUUUUAAGCUAAUGCUAGCUUAAUCAUUAAUCAUAAAGAUGUCUUUUUGCCCCCUAGAGGUCAGGCAAAGCAAGAUUACAGAUGCUGUCACACCAACGUCCCUUAUCUAUUCGCCAGCCAGAUGCAGGCACUUCCUGGAAAAGCAGCCGAGGAAAGCUCAGACAGCCAUGUGUUUCCCUCCCAAGUGCUGGCCAGCCUUGCAAAACGCAUGGACUUAGAUAGCCUGCUGUCAUUCAGUAACCUAAUCAGCCACAGGCUUUUUGCAUGGAGACAUUUGUGUCCUUAUUUCCAUGGCAACAAGGUUGGGCGAGCACUCAGGAAUAAGAAAUUUCAGCGAACUAUGAUGUGAAACACUGAGUAACCUUCGCUGAUGUGUGUGUGUGUGUGUGUGUGUGUGUGUGUGUGUGUGUGUGUGUGUGUGUGUGUGUGUGUGUGUGUGUG